AUGAAGACCUCCAUUUUGACCCUCGCCUCCGUCCUUUCUGCUGCUGCAGUCCCUCAAACAUACCAGCAGCAGACUGAUGACUGCGAGCAUCCUCCUGCUCCGUCGCUCUGUGACAAAUACACCACCGCUUUGUUGAAGGACAACACCGCUGCCAACCAACAGACCGUCCUCACCCUGAUCGUCAACACUGCCAUCAUCGGAAACUACUCUUCCAACCCUGGCUCUCUCGUCGCUGUCCCGGGAAUCCUCGCUCCAGGUACCGGCGACUAUGCAGGUGUCGACUUGUCCGUCUACUUCACCGGCGCCCUCAAGUCGACCAACAGAGGAGGCAAGACUGGCGUCAGUGUGAACCUCCUGGAUGGAGGUGGUGCCGCACCCCUCAAGAAGAACAAGCCAGCGGACGACACCACCAGCAACCAACACCGUCUCGUCUCCCAUCUCUACCCGUACUUCGCAGGCCUCCUUGGCUGCUCGCUCUUUGGCAACACCACGGAUCCGUACCCUGGCCCAACGUCCAUGUACGAGUUGCACAAGUUCAUGGCGCUCGACGAAAAGCAAAUUGGUUGGUUCAUAAACAACGUCGGCCUUUCGGCUGCGAGCUUCGGCGUCACCGAGGAGGACGUCACUACCGUCGGCAAGGCUCUGGAGAGCACUUUCGGCAUGCGUUGCAGCCCACCUGCCAAGGGUCCGCAGAGCAAGGCGCCCGAACUGCAGGCGAUCUGCAUCGAGCCAACUUGUCCACUUUCCACUCAGCCGGUGUGCGGUCAGUACGACCCUGUCAUCGAGCCUGUGGCUGCCGGUGGGAAGGGUGGUCACUAG